CGUUCCCGUUUUGCUCGUUACGGUCAACUGCAAAAAACCAUCAAAAGACCAUCCCUCCAUCUCCAGUCCUGAUGUCCCAGUUUUCCAACUUCCGCAGGUCCCAGCCCGCUCAAGAUGCCCCCUCUGACAAGUACCGUGCGCAGGUCAAGCAACUUCAAGAAGCCUUUUCAGAAUGGUCUGCCGAAGAUCUUCAAUACGCAUUGAUUGAGGCGAACGGGGACGUUAACUCCGUAGCUAACGGGAUAUCCGAAGGUCGUAUCCAGACAUGGGGUUCUGUGAGCCGUAAGAAGGAUAAGAAAGCUGCUGCCGCACACACUCAGUCGAAGGAUGCAUCCUCCCCAAGGGAGCGUGGUGAAUCACGCGGCGGGAGAGGUGGACGCGGUGGAAGGGGUGGUCCGGGGCGAGGCGGUGCUGCUCGCGGUUCGUUCGCUCGUGGAGGUCACCACGAGACCAAUGGCCACCGAUCCAAGCCCUCACAGUCUGAAGAGGUAGCGGCGUCGAAGCAGGCUGAGGGGGUUGCUGCUUCCGAUGCCUCUGCUCUUCCCGCAAUGACAAAUGGGACUCCCAAGCCUGCCGAAGAUGCUGUGCACGAGCCAGCAGCAUCGAUGGUGAACGGGAGUGCUGAAGCUGGCUACGCAGACGCAGCUAGCCUGACACCAUCUACGUCUGCAUGGGCGAACAACACAUCAACGUGGGGAGGUGACACGACUACUAAUGGACUAGCAACUCCUGCUCAGCAUGCGCAUGCUGCACCCACAGCACAACCGGCACACCGGAUUGUCACCCCAAAGGUUGCCGCAAAUCCUGCGACGUCGAAGAAGUCGUGGGCAGACAUUGCACGCCCUCAUGAGAAGCCAGCACUACCACCUGUUCCCGUGCCUGCGCCUGUGCCCGUACCUACAUCUUCACUUCCGUCUGAAUCUGCCCCCAGUCCCACCUCUGCAGCAGCUCCGUCGCCACCAGCGGUGCAUGCUGCCGAGGCGACAUGCGCACCCUCCGCACCCCGAGCGGAAUCCCCGUCAGAAUCAGUGCAGCAAGGAUGGGAGGAGCCUACCACCGUGCAGCCACCUCCGUGGGAUGAUGAGCCCUCUACACGACCUGCGGCAGAGUCAUGGACAGGGGAAGUUGCGACCGCUGUACCUGAAGAACAGAAGGCCCCGACUACAGAAGUUAAGGUGGUACCCGAGCCAGCAGCAGUACCCGAGCCGACGCCUUCAGCCUUGCCCGCCCAAGUGCAGCGAUCGGCCCCGGCACACGAGCCGGUUGCUGCACCUGCUAAGCCCCUCACGCCUGCGGCGCAUACACGUCCGACAUCUGGCGUUCACCGCGUCAGCGCGAAGUUCAAGACGACCGAUCAGGCCGUCGUCAUGCCAAGCUCGAGUUUCGGGACGGGAAUUGAGAAGAUUGGUAUGCAAUUCGGCAGUCUGAGCUUGGGAGGCGAUGAUUUGGAUACGGAGAGUCACGAAUCUUCUGCCCCUGAGCCGAUACCUGCGCGAGCACCGGAGCCGCCAAGCGCGCCGGAACCGCAACUCGCCCGCCCUGUCCCUGCGGUGUCUACUUCUGCACCAGCACCCAGCGCACCGGCACCGCCGCAGGAGGCUCCUGCGCCUGCAGUUGUCUCUCCUCCGACUCAGACUUCCCUCAACGUGGGGCCUACACUGUUCCAGCAGGCUAUUCCUCAGCAGGCACAGGCCCAGGCUCAACAGCCAUCCUCCAUUCAGACUCAGCACUCCUUGUCCUCCUCACUCUCCCAGUCUGCAAUCCCCACCCAGGCAUCCAUCCAGCCCUCGACUCCCUCUUCGUCUUCCAUCUCACAGUUUUCGUCCCAGGCACUUCCUCAGCAAUCAUUAUCUAGCCAUCAACUGUCUCAGAGCCAGUCGCAACCGCAGGUUCAUUCUCAACACCAGCAGUAUCUCCAACACAGCCUUCCUUCCCACCUUGAACAGAACCAGCCUCAGCAUUCUGCGUCCGUUCCGCAGACCUCGCAGCAGAACAUCACUCCGUCCUACUUCCGCCAGCCAGAAGCGCCUUACUUCCAUACUCCUACCCCUCCCGCGAGCCAGUCGCAGGAAAGUGCUUACGGUUCGUUCGGUCAGUUGGCUCAGCAGGUGCAGCACCAAGGCCAGGGCCAUCUUGGUGGGUUCGGAGGAAACGACUACGGAUACGGAGAGACCCAGAGGCAGAACUUCUACGAUUCGUACUCUGGCCAGAGCGCCUUCAGCAACCGCAACAUUCUGAGUGGUCACGAUGACAUUAAGGGGCUGCCCGCUGCACAGCAGCAACCGCACGGUGCGCCUGGUUUGCCUCCUGCGAGCUCACAACCAUCCCAACAACUCGCGCCUUCCUCUCAAGGUGGGAACCAGUCGCAGCCGAACGCCGGCCAGGGCCCCCAGCAGAGUUACCCGCCACCGCUGCCAUACUACUACCCUUACCCGCAGAACCAGUACUACGGCUCGCCUUACAACUCCGGCUACACCGUGCCCCAGCCCUUCGUCAAGUAUCCCACUGUUUUCCAAGCUGGCCCGCCCGGUCCACAGUCCGCGCCGUCGCCCGCCACCAAGCAGCCGCCGAGCUCCGUCCAGCCUCAGUCGCCCUACGGCCAGAGUUUGUACGGACAACAGCACCCUUCGAGUGCGUACGAGGAGAUUGGGUACCAGCACCACGCACAGCACUCGCACGGGCAGAGCGUCGGCAGCGGCUUGCCGUCGACCGAGUACGGCAAGUCGCUGUAUGGUGCUGCUGGUCAGGGAAUGCAGGGCUUCAUGGGUCUUGGGCAGUCGACUGGUCCGUCUUCUGGUCCUCCUCUCGGACAACGCGUAGGAGGCGCUUCCCCGGAGGCUGUCUACAAGCCAUACGGUGGCAGCAGUGUGGGUGUGAAGGAUGUUGGUGUGGGACAAGGCGGCGUUGGGCAAGGCCCGCAGACGAGGGGCGGCGUGCAGCAGCCGUCGCAAGGGGGCUUCUACACUCCACAGCGGUUCGGCGCGAGCGCGUCUGGUGUGCCACAGAGCCAGCAGGCGCAGCAGCAUCAAGCUCAAGGCCAAGGUCCGCUGGGCUACCCUCAGGGCGGCUCUGAUGCAAACGCUUUCUAUUCAUACCAGCCGAGGCAGCAGCAGGGAUAUUGGCAGUAGGUGCUGAGGUAAUGUCGACUUGUGGGUUUUUUGCUACCAGUAGUGUGUGUGCUUCGUGAGUCAGUCGAACUCUCUGCUUGAUGCACGAUGUCUUAGGCUAUCGUCUCUUUCUCAUUCAUCUUGCUCUCCGGCUUUCGUCUCUCCAUCGCGUCCUCUUUUUUAUUCAGUCAUGCGUCUCAUCGUUUCAGAUCUCAGCCCCUCCUCAUUCUGUAUAUCUACUACGUACCGAUAGCUACCAAAAAUGCCUGGUGGUAAUGACAUCCCUGCAGACAAAAGAUUGAUUUGGCAGUGGCAAAUGAUAAAGUCUAUUGCGUGAUUAUACAUGAUCAAUUAAACGACGUAGAUGGUGAUUAUGCGAACUAAGUUUUCUUGAAGAAACCAGUGGUCUUGU